AUCUAUCUAUGAUGUCUAUAAAUAGUUGAGUCCCAACCCAUCCCUGAAAUCCCGAGAACCCCUUCUCCACUGUCUUCCCCCAGACUCUCUCUUCCGCCCCUUUUUACAGGGCCAAAAAUAACACCCCACCCCACAUCUAUCUAUCUAUAUAUAUCUAAACCCCUCAAUCUUUUUUUUACCCAAAUGGCCCAAGAAGAUUCCUCUCCAGAUCCAUCUCCUUCUCCCCCAAACCUCUCGGAUCCUUCCAAACCCGAUCCACCUCCUCCAUCUUCAUCGUCGUCGUCUUCGUCUUCGUUAUCGCGAAACGUUUCGUUUAGCAGGCUCAACGCGCAGGCUCCCGAGUUCGUUCCGACUCAGCAGCAAGCACCGCGACUCGCUGCUGCUGCUUCUGCUUCUGCUGCUGUUGUUCCUCCUCCCCCGCCUCCGCCGCCGCCUAUGCACUCGUUUCCUCCUCCUCCGCCGCCGCCUCCGUUCCACGUUGCGGCGGCGAUCCAGGGUCACGUGGCUGUCCCUCCUCACGUGAUCCCCGUUCAGCAUCCUCAUCAUGUUCCGGUUCAGUACCAUCCUCAUCACCCGCAUCAUCCGCAUCCGCAUCCUCAUCCUCAUCAUCAUCAUCAGCAGUACUACGGCGGCGGAGGCGGUGGUGGUGGGGGAGGGUUUAGAGAGCAAGAGGUUGGGGCGCAAGUGCAAAAUCAAGCUCCGGUGGAGUCUGAUCAUGCUGUUGCUGCCGCUUCUUCGUCCUCCGCGAAAAACAAGAUCUCCGAGGAGGCCACUCAGAAGAUUUUGAAUCAGGUGGAGUAUUAUUUCAGUGAUUUGAACCUGGCUACUACCGAUCAUCUAAUGAGGUUCAUCAGCAAAGAUUCUGAAGGAUUUGUGCCUAUAUCUGUUGUUGCAUCUUUCAAGAAGAUUAAGGCUCUUAUAAGUAGUCAUUCCCAGCUGGCAGCUGUUUUGCGAAACUCAUCAAAGCUUGUAGUUAGUGAAGAUGGAAAGAAAGUUAGACGCCAGCGUAUCUUAACUGAGUCAGAAAUGGAGGAGUUGCAAUCUCGAAUUGUUGUUGCUGAAAACUUGCCUGAGGAUCAUUGCCACCAAAACCUUAUGAAAGUUUUUUCUGCUGUGGGAAGUGUGAAGACAAUCCGUACUUGUCAGCCUCAACCCUCCAAUGGUGGGGCUUCUUCAGCAUCUAGAUCAGGAAAAGCUGAUGGUGUGCCUUAUAGUAACAAGUGGCAUGCUUUUGUGGAGUAUGAAUCUGUUGAGCUGGCUGAGAAAGCAGUUGCAGAGCUAAAUGAGGAGGGGAAUUGGAGGCGCGGCCUUAGGGUCCGCUUAAUGCUUAGACGCACGUCAAAACCUUCUUCAGCGCGAGGAAAAAAGGGACAUGAUGGGGAAGUGAUUGAGGAAGAUGAUACUUCUACAUCUGAUCAGCAGCAAAGUGAGAAACAGUUGGAGGAUCCCCCCCAACAGCCUGAUGCCCAACCACAUGAACAAACAGGAGAGGAGCAGCAGCAUGUCAACGAGAAAGAUGCCGGGCAGAGGAGAGGUCGUAACCGUGGCCGGGGCAAGGGACGUGGAAGGGGUCAAUACCACCACAACAAUCACCACAAUAACCGUGGAAAUCAUGUGGGAACUCCCCCUUCAAACAAUGCAGUUAAUAAUGAGCAGCCAGCUAUAGCCAAGCAGCCUCCUGGACCACGAAUGCCAGAUGGCACAAGAGGAUUUGCAAUGGGUCGGGGGAAGCCAGUUGCUGUGAAUAUUGCAUAAUAACUGGGCAUUCUACAUAAUACUAAUUACGGGGGUUUUCUUGUGCCUGCGAAGUGUAUGUUUGGGUGGGAAACUGUCUUCUCGUGUGGUGUUGAUGGCAUGGUUUUACAAGGGCUGUCAAUCCAGGGUAGUUUGGGUCAAAUUAGCAGUAUAAGUUGAGUACUUUCUUCUGUUUGUUUAUGUAAUUCAGUAAGGAUGAUGCAGAGACAAUUGAUUUUUACUUUUUUUUUUUCAAAUUUAAAUGUAGAAAGGGAAAGGGAAAAAAAAAAUAGUGGGGAGUCUCCAAUACCUAUAGGUAAAUGUGAGUGAAGAAAUGACAUUGCAAUAGAACACUGUUCAAUAUA